UUAUUGUGAAUACUUAGAGCCAUAACCUUCUUGUGUACCAACUAAUGAUUGCUUUGUUUUUAGGUGCCUUAGCUGGACCAGUUGUUGAUCCACAUGUGACAGCAGUCUGGGGGAAGAAGGUUGCACUGAAAUGCAUAAUUGAUAUAAGUGAAACAAUAACACAAGUUUCUUGGGAGAAGAUAUAUGGUAAAACUGCGCAGACUAUUGCUGUUCAUCAUCCUGAAUAUGGAAUAUCUGUUCAAGAAGAAUACCAAGGAAGAGUGGCAUUUAAAAACUACUCACUUACUGAUGCAACAAUCAUCUUAAAAAAUGUAAGCUUUUCUGAUGCAGGAGAAUAUAUUUGCAAGGCAGUUACAUUCCCACUUGGAAAUACACAGUCGACAACAACUGUAACUGUACUAGGUAAUGUAAUUGAGCAGAUUGACCACCUUCUUCAGGCAUGGGCAACGUUAGGCCGAGCAGAAAACAGUCAAAAACUGAUCUUGGCACUGAAUUCGCGGAAUCUAACAAAAGGACCAAACCCUCUAAUAGAUGGUGCAAAUAGGACAGAGGCAGCCACUUGUACAGCAGCCACUGGAAAACCUGCUGCAGAGAUUGACUGGGAAGGAGGCCUUGGUGAAAUGGAAUCCAGCUCUACUUUGUUUCCAAAUGAAACAGUGACAGUUGUAAGUCAGUAUAUGAUUGUCCCUACAAGAUUUGCAAGAGGAAGGCGCAUAACUUGUAUUGUGAGGCACCCUGCUUUGGAAAAGGAGAUAAGAUACCCUUAUGUAUUGGACAUACAAUAUGCCCCAGAAGUUUCAGUAACUGGCUAUGAUGGAAACUGGUUCAUUGGAAGAGAGAAUGUUCAGCUCAAAUGUAAUGCUGAUGCAAAUCCAUUACCUAUGGAAUUUACGUGGUCCAGGUUGGAUGGACAAUGGCCAGAAGGAUUGCUGUCAGUCAACAAUACUCUGCAGUUCAGUAGCCCACUGACUUAUAACUACACUGGGACUUAUAUCUGUAAGGUCACUAAUUCACUUGGUCAGAGGAGUGAUCAGAAGACUAUCUACAUAUUAGAUGUGCCAUUUAAGCAGACAUCUUCUGUUGCUGUAGCAGGGGCUGUGAUUGGAGCAGUCCUUGCUCUUUUUAUCAUUACCAUCUUUGUGACAGUGCUGCUGACCCCAAGGAAAAAAAGGCCAUCCUAUCUUGACAAAGUGAUUGAUCUUCCACCCACUCACAAACCAUCCUCAUGUGAGGAGAGAGCAUUCUCAGUCCCACAGAAAGAAGCUAUGCUUCAGAAAGAACAUUUUGCUUUGCAAAGCCAGUACAGAGAGAAAGAUGCUGGAAACUUGCAGCACAUGAAAUCUGUGAAUGGAAGGCAACUUGCCUGCGAGGCUGAAGAACCACAAGAACAAUGUCUUCAGCCUAUGUAUCCUGUUUAUCAUCAAACUUACUACAAAAAUUGGAGCAGCAGAUACCCACAAAACUCAGGACCUGGAAGAGUCUACAUCAAUCCCAGGGAGCAUUAUGUAUGA